UACAAUUUUUGACUAACACAUGAUUAUGUCAGAAUUGUGGAAGUAGGAUAGACUUUUUUCCCAAACUUGGUCUGGCAGGAUGUUGGCGAGUCAAAGAUUACGGGUUUGCUCCCCAUUAUAUCUAAAUUUAUCAAAGAGACUGAUUUCCAAUGAAAUCAGAGAGGUGUUCAAUACUCGUCUCGAGCCCCCGGCCGGUAUCAAUGGCAAUCAAUUGCAGUUGUCAGUUAUUAGCAAAAACCUCAAUGCUCUUAACCUAGAUUUGUACGUAAACAGUCUGGGCCAACAUGAGGACAGAAGUUCAACGAUUGUCGAUCUUUUGACUCACAUCCGAUCAAGUCGUUUGGCCAAUAGCUGUCUGGAAUCAACAAAUUUCGGUGUUGUUCGCCAGCUAUUAGAUAACGUCAGUGUUCAGGAGUUGGUGCCCAUAUUGAUUGAUCGUCCUAAGUAUGGUAUUUUCUUGGACAACUUUACGGGAUUCGCAGUCACGUCAGCUUUGCACAGUGAGAAGGAAUAUUUGUUGGCAUUGCCGUUGGCUUUGAAAUUGGUUUUGUUGGAUGAUUUGGACAGCGUUUUCAUACAACAAUUCUGUGCUAAAUCGUCAUUGGCUGAAUUAAAGAAACAAUUGCUGGAGGAAAAUGCAACUGCUGAGGAACCCAAGGCACCUGUUGGCAAGGUUCAAGAGCAAAAAGUCCGUGUCCACUUUAUACGCAAUCCUUCGGAAUAUGACAUCAAGAACGAUAUUUCCAAAUCUUUGUUGAAAAUGUCUUCUAAAGUCUUCGCUGGAGAAGCCCAAGACAACGCCAAGAUAUUGGGCUAUGUUCUUGGCAAACUUUUUAAUGAUUUGGAAAAAUCUUUGUCCUCAAUAACAUCAGGCAUUUGUCCUGAUGUUUUCGAAAUAAGCAAGGCUUUCCUUAUCCGCUGUGAGCAAACAGAUAUGGUGGCUAAACUAGAAAGUGCUGCUUCCAAAAAGAAAGGCAGCAAAAAUUUCGAAGAAUUGCUAGAUUCUCUGCUUGAAGAAUCAGUGACCAAGGAGGCGAAAACAUUGGCUGAACGUCAAAAGGAAUUAUUCCCCACAUGGCAAAAGCUAAGAGAAGAAAAGAAAAAGGCAUUGGAAAAGGAAAUUGCCGAUAUGGAAAGAAAAGAGACCAUAGAAAAGCUGCAAAACGAAAUCGAAACCAAAAAGCAAUUGCUGUGGUUCUUCGAGGAGGAAGAUAAAUUGGAUUUGGAAAUAUACAAAAAACGGGUAUUCUAUCCCAAGAGGUGGUUUGGCAAAAAGAAGAAGCCACGCGUCUUGGAUGAACACUAUGUACCACCACAAAUUAGAAGAAUUCAAUAAAAAUCCGUGUGGUUUAGGAUUGGUUUUGAACCAGUAAUUGUAUUUUA